AUGAUGCAGAAAAUUCUCUGCUGCGCCAACGUCCUCCCCAAGGAAAAGGGGACCAAGCCGGGCGUGAAGGCGAAGGAGACGCUCGAAGACACUAAGCAAGCACCCAUAGAGCUGGUUCAAUUGCCCCCUCCCGCCAAAUUAUCUGGCAGCAAUUACAACUUUGAAUCAUGGCUCGCUAGAAACAGUUCCGGUUCCAUCGCAUCAUCCUCGCGCUCGAACCUGCGAUCUCCAGAGUUGGACUUCAUUCCGGACCCGACCUCGGUCGAGUACGUAUCGGACCCCGAGGACGGGUCCCAGGAAGCGGCCAAGACAAGCAACUGGAGACGAAUCAGCCGAAGCAUCUCACAGGACGGCAGCAAGACAUCUCUGAGCCCCGACGACGAGAAGCGCUUCUCCAUCCCCAGCGUCAACCGCCCCUCUUCCGCCCCGCGCCCUGACGACAGAAAGGAUGACGAGAAGCCCCCCUUCGACCAGGCCGCUUACUUCCAGGCCGUGAGAUCAAACAACAAGAAGCGUAUCCAGGCCGAAGUCGAUAGCGAGCACAGUUCUCGAUCAGUCUCCACGCGCGCGAGUUACAGAUUCCGCGAGCUGGAAACGGUUGAGGAGGACCCCACUGAUCACCAAGACGAGCUUCCAGGCGGACCGCGGGACCGGAUAGAGACUGCCAUGUCCACUGGGGUUUCUGCGCUCAAGGCUCCCCAUCAACCGACUCGACCCCCCGCAGCUAAGCUCUCGAUUCAUGGUCUCAAGGUUGAUCCCACCGACUUCGCUCCGGGAGAUCAACGUCGCAGCAGCUGCCCCAAGGCAGAGACCGAGUCCAAAAUCGCGGCAACACAGCUCGUCAUUCGCGAGCGAGGGUCUUUACCCCUUAUUACCUCAGCCCCUGUACUUGCUGUCCAGCAGGUCUCUAGCGACCAGGAUGACGAAUCGUUCAAGACUUGGCGUCUCUCCCAAUGUAUCCCCCAGGCUGAUAGUCAUGAAGCUCUUUCAAAACAGACGCAGGACACUCUGGAUGCCGGCGUUCAAAGCAUCUCGAAGGUCGACGGCAAGCACGAAGCCGAGCCUCGGCGGGAGUGUGGUAGCAUCGACACCGACAUUGCUCGCAACGACAAGAAGUCUGAGACCAAGGCAGCUUUCGAAGCCAAUGGAGCUUCUGUUCGGCCUCGCACCGCAGACUCUGCUCAGUCUCCAGAUGGCAGCGGUUGGGAGACGUGGCUGCUUGCCGAAAAGCUCACAGCCCAGGACGAUUCCGUCGUGGCUCAGCAAGCGUUAGAGAAGAAUGACAAGGCCACAGCCGCCGUCGCCGGUAGCUGUCCUGCAGAGUCUUCUGACAAGGAUGACACGGUUUCCGUGCCAAUGAUCCCUACGAGCUUUUGUAACCUAGAGAGCCAUAACGCCUCGAAAGCGAAGCUCCUUGUCGACCGGCACGAAUACCCCUCCAUUGCUAACAAUUCCUUGUUACCGACGCUUGAGAUGGACAACAAUGUUGCUGCAGCUGUCGCAGAGUCUGUUCCCGCACCCGAGCUGCACUAUGCUUCAUCUUCGGUAUACUCUUCGACGCAAAACACACGUCACGCCUCGCCCAUGGGCUCGAAAGAUGCGAGCUGUGAUGGGGAUGCCGAUAGUCUCAUCGAUCUCGAUCUUGCCCAACUCGAGACGUUCAAUAAUCUCAAGGAGCAGCGAUCUGACGAGAGCUACCGCACCGCUCCAGAUCAAAACCAUGCUGCAGUUGUCCCCUCCAUCGUAUUGCCUAUUGGUGAUGCCUCCUGCGGCGACGGUUCUGUCACUUCAAGCAAGUAUCAUCCCGAAAUUGAGAUGCCAACGAACGUCGUUGGAAUCCAGUCUCAGGGCUCGCCCAGCGAUGCCAACGGGAUGUCGUGCGUCACUCAAAACGGCAUUCAGAACGGAGCGCCCGCCCGCAGGUCCUCCUUUCUCAAAGUCCUGCGUAAUGGUAAAGGAAGUAUCUCAAAAGGCCACGGAAAGUCGCACAGUCAACCUUCUGCCGAUCUUAGCCGUCUAGGGUCUUCGUCGACGUCUCAUGAGAACCCCAAGCCUACGGGACACGCCAAGUCACUGUCGAAUCUCGGUAUCAGAUCUCACAUGCACCCAACCUCACGAUCUCCCGGCUUCACCGCCCCCAAGCUGACUGAGAGCGCGACGGCAGUCUGGAAACGAGCCUUUCAAGUCGAGCACGACCAGCGCGAGGCCAAGCAUAACGCCGACCUGAAAAAUAUAACGAUACCAGCGCGCAUCACUGACGACAACGCCCACCAUGCUUUGGGCAAUGAUGAUUACAUCCCAAACAAUGAGCUGAAUGCCCACAGCUCGGAGGUCUCUCUGCAACUUGGUCAGCUGGUUACGUCUCAGCACGCGCAUGACUUACAUGCGGUUCACAAAAAGCCCUCGACUGUUAUUGUACAGAAAGCAGAUAACUACAAAGCUACGGUUGGUACCCAUUAG